GAGUCAUCACACAACCUUUGACGGAGUGUCAGACAGGUGGAAAUAUUGGGCUCUAAGCCUGUUGUAGGCAGUUCCCAUCAUUUCCUUAUUUAUGGCUUAAUUCCCUUGGAACCGGUGGAUCCAGUUGAGUAUUCGUCUCAGCCUGACAUCGAUUGACCCAGGUGUAGAACGGCACAGGUUUCACUUCAUUGUUUCACGCAGUUUCAGAUCAGAGGAAGAAAUCUAAUUGUCGGGGAAAAAGCGCUUAGACGCAUAGUGAAAUGGAAAAGCUGACAGGCUCGUUCGGCGCAACGGAAGCCACCAAACCAUACAAACUCAAGCAGCUCGCUUCCUAACUUUUUUCUGUUUGGCGCAAGAUCGUCCCCUGUUUGUGACCAAUAUGAACUCCUGCUGAACAUGACAGUCAUCAGAGGACUUCAUCAUCACUGUAGACUCUGAAAAGCCUCUUGUCUUUGGAAAUAUUUUUUACUCGUUUCGUUUUUUCUUUCUUUUUUACGCAAGGAUUCCUUUGGACACUUAUUUGCGUUUUCACAGGGGGGAGACCAGACAAAAAAGCUCUGCCCCCUGAAUACGGAAAUGGAGACAUCGAAUGGGUAUAUAGAAAGUAACGGCAACUGCUCUCCCAGGAAGGAGAACUCGAGAAUGUUGGUGGACCUGUCGACCAGCACACCCAACGGCCAGCGCUCACACAGCCCACAGUCCCCUGCUGCACGCACAAUCAAACAAGAAGAAGGCACUGAGGAGGACACGGAAAGAAGAGCUGGUGGUCCAGAUGAGGCAGGGCAUAGUGGCGAGGAAGGCUCUGGAUUGGAGGAUCCCAUGAUUGACAGUCCAAACAACUUACAAGAUGCUGGGCCAGGAGCCGAAGUGCAGAAUGAAACGGGGAUAAGACUGCCAAACGGUAAAUAUAAUGGUGAUCGGCCGUUCCAGUGCAACCAGUGUGGGGUUUCAUUCACUCAGAAGGGCAACCUGCUAAGACACAUCAAACUCCACACGGGAGAGAAGCCCUUCAAAUGCCCGUUCUGCAGCUAUGCCUGCCGCCGCCGUGACGCCCUGACCGGACAUCUACGCACACACUCAGUGGGCAAGCCACACAAGUGCAACUACUGUGGGCGGAGCUACAAGCAGCGCACGUCAUUGGAGGAGCACAAAGAACGGUGUCAUAAUUACUUGCAGAGCGUCGGAAUGGACUCUGCCUCCAAUCCUGGCCCUUAUCCAGGGGAGGUUCCCAAAGAACAGAGGCCUCUGGAGCCUGCUGGGAUGGCAGCUUUCGACCGGCCUCCUGUAAUUGAACGACUGCAAGGAAAUGUGGGUAAACGGAAGAGCACCACGCCACAGAAGUUUGUGGGUGAGAAAAUGGUUCGCUAUUCAUACCCCGAGCUGAACUAUGAGAUGGGCUUGAAGUAUGAGAAGGAAGCAGAGUUGAUGCAGGCCCAAAUGAUGGACCACGCUCUUAGCAAUGCCAUCUCCUAUCUGGGCUCUGACUCCUUAAGGCCUAUGAUGCACCAUCCAUCCCUCUCUAUGGCCGAAGUUGUACCAAUGGUUAACCCGUUGUUUCAUCCGGUGUACCCGAUCGGCCCACGGAUGGACCGACCUAGUAGCCGCGAGGCUCCUCCGAUGCCUCAGCCAAACCCUGAAUUCCCACAACCAACCAAUGGUGCAAUUCCAUUGGUCAGACCCAAGAAUCCCCAAUCAGCCCAAGAUGGCUCGCCAUGCAACAGUGGACAGGAUUCAGCCGAUUCGGCGCGGAGCAGCCCACGGGAUAAGCUCAGUGCCACCGGACCAAGGUUGAGAUCCAGUCCAGGGUUUGGUCGGGCAGAGGAAGGCAGGUCAAUGGAACCAAGUCGGGUCGCUGCAAGGGACGGCGUCCGCGUGUUCGCCCGUGAGGGACAAGAGCUGAGGGUGUUCCAAUGUGAACACUGCCGUGUUCUCUUCCUUGACCACGUCAUGUACACCAUCCACAUGGGCUGCCACGGAUAUAGAGACCCGCUGGAGUGCAACAUCUGCGGCCACUGCAGCAAAGAUCGCUACGAGUUCUCUUCGCACAUCGUCCGCGGGGAACACACCUUUCGUUAGCCGCUUUACUGCCGAAGCAUUACGUGAGCAACCGUCGGCAGAUAUAUGAAGGUUUGGGUCCAAUAGAAAUGUUUUCAUUUUGGAGCUGUUCGAUGAUUAUUAUUGUUUGUUUGUUUUUCUGGGAAAGGGGCUGUGAGUAUCUGUUGUGAAUGUUUGACUCCUCUUUUUUAUUUGAUUUGAUUUGAUUUAUUUUUUCACCCCACACACACAGUUCGUUGUUGUGUUUGUAUUGAACCAUCCAGCAGAGCAGCUACAUGUCAAGUAAAGUUGUGAAGUUCUUUCUUUCUUUUAUUACUUUUUCCCUCAUCUAUAUUACCUCGAUGCAUGCUGUCAUUCAUGGACUUUGAACAAUUUUACAGGUAAACCCAGCAACUAGAGGACCACUGAAGAACUAAACCAUACAAAAGAAAGAAAACAAAGGACUUUAUUUCAUAGCUUCAUGCUGCUGCGGCUUCUCAGUGCCUUGCUGAUGUUUCCAACGGCACGAUUUUUGCCUUUUAUGGAGUCUUUUUAAGUGUCUUUCUCAUCCCUUCUUUAUGAUGAACCGAAUGUUUCCUACGAACCGAAGCUUUAGGUUUUUUUGCGCUAACGUCCUGUUCCCUAUGUCGGUGCUAGUUUCACAAAAAAGAAAGUCUUUGGGACAUAUUUUAAUGAAGUGUUGCUGACAAUCCCCUCGUGUCUCGUCGAUUUUGGAAGCGAAACCGAGAUGGCCAUGGACAAAAUGCUUUGUUUUGCUGCUGUUGCACACUUACGCUCAUCUCUCGCGCUCUUAUGCACUUAAACAGCACUGCGACAUGCCUUGAGAAACCUGUUUUUGCACUAUUAGCUUGAGGCCUUGGGUGAAAAUAUGCUAUUUCCAUGCUAUUGAUAAAGCGAACAAAGGUCAGUGUAGUUUAGCUAAUCACAGCACACUGUAUCGGCAUGUGUGAUUCAACAGGGAACAAGUCUGCACCUAUUCUCAUGCUUUAACAAGGGUUGCCAUACUUUUGAUUGAAAUCAGUGAAUUUCAUUCAGCCUUCAGACCGAAUGCCUCAUUAUUAAUGAAUGGUUGAACAUCUGUGACUCUCUUAAGUGCUACAACACACACUCUUUAUUUUAGUGUUUUCUUUAUACGUUAUUUUGACCUUCGUAUGGAGCUAGAUGUAGUUUUUGAGUUUGAAAGAUGCACUUAAUUGCAUUUUUGGAUACAGAUAAAUACUUUUGCACAUGUUACAUGUGCUUGCAAGUUCUAACAAUAACUUUUUAAUGUGUUACAAGAUUGGAGAUUUUAAUCGCUGCACAAGAGCUUUACAAGAUAAAACGCGGUUUAUUAAUCAGACAAUGCUUCGCCCCCUCCAACACUUUAUGCAUUUUCUCAUGCUCAAUUUUUCACGCCGUGGAAAUGUAGAUUAUUUGUUUUUAAGGUUCAUGUAGCAGCGUUUCACUUCCCUUUUUAUGGGCUCUUUCUUCGUUUAAUGUAUUUUUAAUAUUUACAGUAAGAAUUCUGUAGCACAAGCUUUAAUCAAUGCGAAUGCUGCGCGACUGCAGCAGUCACAGCGUUCUGAAGCUCUCUUGCACAUUUGUUGGGCUUUUAUGUCAGUGCUAAAAGAGCCUUACAUCACUAUCAGACUAUUCUUUUUUAAAGCUUUGCUUUUGCCUUCUCUGCUUUGAGGAAAACUGUGAAUACGCCCUUUAAACAUUACAAGGAGAACGACUUAAAAGGCACUGAUAGAAAUGCAGUCAUAUUGUUUGAACGCCAUUUUAUUGUUGCAUAAAAACUAGCCUUUUUUUACACCUCCAAAAAAGUCAGACAUCACACACACACACAUGCACACACACACCUCUCAAAUCCAUUUUGAAGAAUUUUAGUUGUUCUAGUGAAGCAUGAAUAUCUUUAUGUAUUUUUGUUGUUUGUUAGUUUGUUGAUCAGUGUCACAUGCAGGCAUGAUAUUGAAUGUGCUCCAUAAUUCCAGGGCAUUUUAUCAGAUUAUUAUCAGAGCUUAUUGUAUAUCAAAACAUUGUUUUGUUAAUUUUUUUUUUUUUUCCAACAAAAAAAAGGAACAAGGUGAAGGAAACGUUGAUGUAAGACUAUGUUUACAACCGAAUGACCAAGAGCACACGAACAAGACGUGUCCAUGAGUCCACACUUUUAGGACUGGAGAGUACUUGAAAUUAAAGAAAGGCACUCUAGAGUCAGGUUUCACUUUUUACCUUAAAGUGUAUGGGACUGCUAUUUUCUCAGCUGUGUAAAUAUAUAUUUUUGUGUGAGAGAGAGAGAGAGAGAAAGGCAUUUUUUAACUGUUCUUAUUCACUGUGGAACCUUACAAACAGCAAGACCAGGGUUUGCAGUGUAUUUUUAUAUAAGUGAAUUAACGUAUGAAUUAUAUACAGUCUAUUUUGGUAAACAUGUCGAAAGGGGGUUCACUUUUGCUGUGUGUCAGUUUGCUUUUUGGGGUUUUCUCAGGUACAAUGUUGUCAAAUCUUCUUAUAAGGAAUUUGUAUGGAACUGUUGAAGAGUUUGUUUAUUUGAUUCGAGUCAAAUAUCUGAAUAAAUGAAUACAUAUAUUUUUAUUUUUAAAGAUAUAAAAGGUUUGCUGUUCUACAACGGUUGACUUUUGUAAUCUUGGCGUCUUUAAGGAAUGUGUGUUGUUGUAUGUUGGUUUAUAAAGCAUGGGCUUUUCUGCAUUAAAUAGACUCAUCAUUGAA